AUGGUGUCAUGUGUGGAGCUUUCAUUCCUCUCUAACAUAUUCAGUACAAUAUCUUUGGGAAGUUGGAUAUGUGCUCAACUUCCCCAAAUAUAUAUCAAUUAUAAACACAAGUCAGCGGAGGCGAUAUCUCCCUCAUUUCUCUUGCUAUGGUUCGCAGGAGAUUUUUUGAGCUUUACAAGUUGUCUAUUGAAUGAAGUGGUAUUGAAGUUUCAGGUCUAUUUGAGCUUAUUUUUUCUCACCAAUGAUGUGAUAUUGUGUUUACAAUAUUACUAUUACAACAGUGUGUAUCCGAAGAAAUAUGGUGCUGUGGAGUAUUUAGAAGAAAAUACGUAUACCCUGAAUCAGAGCUUGGACUUACUGAACGUACUGGAAAGUAGAGAUAUCAACACUAAUGGGGCCUCUGAUAGUAAUCCACUUUCAGCAUCUUCAACGUCCGAGAUCCAUAUCCGUGCACAUGCAAACAAAAGUGAUGACAACACACUGUCUUUGGUAAGUUCCUUAAACAGCGGUUACAAUUCAGUCGAUGAUAACAAAAAUAGAAACAACACUGCCAAGGCAAUAUCGAUUGCCACAAUGUUCAAUAUGGGGGGCGCCGCAGCAGCAGCUGAGUAUGAUAUAGAUAGUUCUCAAAUGUCUCUAUUCAUGCUGGCACAGAAUCUAGGGGUAUUAUUAGCAUGGGGAUGCACUGCGGUCUACAUCAGUUCUAGGCUUCCCCAAUUGUAUAAAAACUACAAGACUAAAUCAGUUGAAGGGAUUUCACCUCUUUUGUUCGGAUCUGCAUUGAUUGGAAACUUGACCUAUACUCUAUCUAUCUUGACAAGUUGUGAUUUCAUUUUUGAUACGACAAAGAAGCUGUUUUUGUUAGCUGAAUUGCCAUAUAUCUUGGGGAGCUCUGGAACUGUCAUUUUUGAUAUAGCAUAUUUCUACCAAAGACACAUUUACCGUGACUUCAGAAGAAAUACAUUGGUAAUGUCUUUGGAAGACUUCGAUAAUGAGCCAAUAUAG